CAUUACCGAUAUACGAUGGCUCGCCGAUCAACAGGAAGAUCGAGUUGAUCAAAAACCGGAUUCUGAUGAACCCGACCCACCGGUAUCUGCCGCGUCCCAGACUAACUCUUCCAUGUUCAAUGUGUCUAGCAACAUUGAGGGACUCAGUCGGACUUCUGAUUCCGAUGCUGCAUCAGAAGCCCCUGACUUCCACAACUUCUCGCUCGGUUCUGAAUUUGUAAACAACUUCAAUCUUCAAAAGGAAAACGUCAAAGAAUUCAGCGUCGAUGAUGGAGCUUCCUCGAUUACUUCUUUCCCUAGCCUGCCACAGCGACACUGCACGGAUGAGUGGCUGAGCACCCCUGCCAGCCUCGUCACUUUGGAACAUGAAGACAAAGGCAAGGUCAACAUGUAUCAUUUGGGAAUUGACGCCAGACUUGGCAGCAUCGCACCCAUCAGCGAACAAAUAGCCAAGAAAGAUCCUGACCAUAGCACGAUUGAUGUUGUAGUUUCCACCUCGGAUGAUUCUGCGACUACGAAAACCAAGCCCUCUCGCCGAGGCUCCGAGGCUCUACUUGACCUGCACGCACGCCCUGAGAAGAAGGUCCCAGACUCAUCGCCCAAAAAUGGCAGGCGGCGAUCUGCCCAUUUCGCAGAUCGUCUAGUACAAGAGACUCGCAAAGCGGAGCCAGGUUUCAUGCAGCAAAUCACACGAAAGAUCAGUUCUGUAUUCCAGAGUCCAGCAAGUAGUGGCCGUACAACCCGCGCGCCAGCACCAUCCGAAGUUGACGAUGAGGUUACCGGAAAGACUGGCGGAGAACUUGGUGCGAGCCGGCCAGCUGCGGGAAUUGGUGGUCCCGGCGUGGAAUGCCUUUCAGAGCCUGAGCCCGACGCCGUCUACCAGGCUAUGGUGAUAUCGAAGCCUACGAAAGACAAGAAGCAACGGCGAAGCCCCUGUUCUGAAGACUACAUUCCCCACAUGUGCGUAAACGAUCUGGGCACGUCGGGAAUACCUUCACCCAAUAUUCAGUAGCCAACAUAGGCAACUAGGCUAUCUAUCAUAGGUGUUCUGCCUGUGUCAGAUGGAGGAAGGAUACCAAGAGAACAUGAUGACUUACCCUAGAAUCCAUAGCUGUUAGUUGAUCAACACGGCCAUCGUCUCCCU